ACGAAUGACCACCAAAUCAGGAAAUGAAGAGAACAACAACCCAAUGCUAAUAGCACAAUUUAAUUUUGUCACUUAAAAAAAAUCAGCCUUUCGCUGCUUUUGUAACGGAAUGCAUAAUUUAUUAAGGCAGUGGAUGGUCUGUGUGUCUCUUUUCAUAAACCAUGGAUUCGCCGGUAAAAUGAAGAUAGUCGAGGAGCCAAACACAUUUGGGUUGAACAAUCCUUUUCUGGCUCAGGGAAGCAGACUCCAGCCUAAAGUGACCCCAUCUGCAGUGUCUGGCCCCGCACAUUUUCAUCGGCUUGCUGGGAAGUGCUUCAGUCUCACAGAGUCAACGUACAAAUAUGAAUUCUGUCCAUUUCACAACAUCACCCAACAUGAGCAGUCAUUUAGAUGGAAUUCCUACAGUGGGAUCCUGGGGAUCUGGCAGGAGUGGGAAAUAGCAAACAACACUUUCACGGGCAUGUGGAUGAGAGACGGGGAUGCUUGUGGAACGAGAAACAGGGAAACAAAUGUGAUUUUUGUCUGCAGUGCAAGUAGCAAGCUUGCUCAAGUCUCAGAACCCAGUACUUGUAUGUACUCGCUAACCUUUGAGACUCCACUUGUUUGCCAUCCACAUUCCCUUUUGGUGUACCCAACACUGAGUGAGAAGCUCCAAAGGGAAUGGGAUGAAGCUGCGCAGGCUCACUAUGAAGGUCUUAUUACUGAGCAGGGAUACAACAAUCUUUUAAGGGAUAUUUUUGACGACGCUGGUCUCCUGAAGAGCCAAAAAGUGAAGAUAAAGCUGCCAGAAGUUGCAGCUGAUUCAGGAACACACAACUCUUUACAGAAAUGUACAGAGGAUUUCCAAAAACAGAGAGAAGAGAUUGAGAGACUGCAUGCUCUCCUCACUCAACACAAUAUUACCUUUGAUUCAAAGCAAAAUGAAGCAAAAGGCACAGUGAGUGCGACAGUUAAGGAUCAACACCUACAGGGAGACAACGGCCUUUUUGAUCCGCAGUAAAACAGAAAAAUCUCCCACAGCAAGUGCCCUCCUCCAUUUAAAAUCAUGUGAAGAUUGUGUUGAUCAAUGUGAGCGACACGGACACUCGCUGGACAAUAUCGCUGUCCCUGGGGACGGCACUAAAUGUUAAUUUAAACAAGAGACACUGAGAAAAACUCUACUCAAAUGUGGGUUAGAAACUUUUUCUUUUUUUCCCCCAGACACUUUCGUCAGUCUUGUUAAUAAAUACAAUUCUGCAACAAAUUGAGAAUAAACUUUUUUUAAUAGUUUCGAGA